AUGCUUCUCUGUCAGGACAUACCAGUGGGCUGUGAGAGGUAUCUGAACUGGGCCAAUGCCUUUCUAGUAGUCUACAGCAUUGACAACCGGAAGAGCUUUGAAGGAUGUCAGCGGUACCUGGAUCUCAUUGCUCUCCACUUGAAGAACACGUUCCAUGAAUCUCCAGUUCUCCUGAUAGGGAACAAGCUGGAUAUGGAACAGUACAGACAGGUCACCAAAGCCGAAGGGAUGUCUCUUGCCACCAAGUAUGGAUCCUCCUUCCAUGAAGUCUCGGCGUGCCUGGAUUUUGAGUCCGUGCAGCGCAUUUUCCACGAGGCGGUGCGGGAAGUGAGGCGAGAGACGGACAGACCCCUGGCAGUCCGGCCCUUGUUCAUCAUCGAGGAGAAGCCCUCGGCCCACCUGGUCCCAACUGCCACCAUCGCCUCCACCUUCAACUCCCUCUCCACUGUCAACUACAAAGAGGUCCCUUCAGUUGCCCGGGCCAAGCUGGUCACAGUCAAAUCCUCAAGAGCUCAAAGCAAGAGGAAGGCCCCAGCGUUGACGUUGCUGAAGGGCUUUAAGAUAUUCUAAGCAGGGAUGCCGCAGGGUAGACUCCAAAAGUAGAACACAGCUGUUGGAGGGUUGGGUUGAAUCCCCAAGCAAGGAUUGAGUCAUUUCGCAUAUCCGUCUCUUGGCCUUUCCUGCAGUCCAAGCGUCCGUCUAAGAAUGCAAAGGAGCAUUUUGGGGAAAGGCCAUGAACUGACAGUGUGGACAAACUAUGGAUGAAGCCACCAGGUGGGGAAGGUGGUUCUAACCCUUUUUCUUGGUCAUAAACACGUGGAGGACUCUACCAUGGGCUGCUUGAGCAAUCGAUGGAGGAAUCCCACAGAAAGAGUUUGCUCUUAGGACUGAAUAGAGAUUUGGGAAGCCAGAGAGGCUUCGACCAGCCAAAGAAAUGACUCUACAAGGAGAAGACAUAUAGAACAUAGACUAACAGAAUUGGGAGGGUCCUCGUCCAACCCCCUGCUCAAGCAGGAGAACCUAUACCAUUCCAGGCAAGUGGCUGUCCAGUCUCUUCUUCAAA